CGGAGAGAGAGCCACACACAACUCGAAUACAAAUAAACCCUGUGCUGUCAGUAAAAGCAGAGCUUCACAGCGUUCGGGUUCCCACACGGCCAUAUUUCCAUGUUACUACAACGCUUGUUUACAGAAGACGGAGGCGUAACUGUUCUAAAUAGCCAUCUGCGUCUUGAACACCAGUGUGUAAACGGAAGAUGGACCCCACAAACGUGUUGUCACUGAAAAAUACUCUAGGCUGGUUUACCGGUUAAAACAGUGUACAAAUUUCUAGGAAGAAUGGCAGAAACUCAGACACUCAACUUCGGACCAGAAUGGCUCCGGGCCCUGUCUGGCGGUGGCCAUGGGGGUGGUAGCAGCAGUAGCGUUGCCACCUCGCCACCUCUCUCACCUGCAAUGCCAAAGUAUAAACUUGCAGACUACCGCUACGGGAGAGAAGAAAUGCUAGCACUUUAUGUUAAGGAUAGGGAGAUCCCUGUAGACCUGCACGAUAAGGAUUUUCUGCCCAUUUUACAAGAGGAGCCCCUGCCACCACUGGCACUUGUAGCAUUUACAGAGGAAGAGCAGAGAAAUUUUUCCAUGUCUGUAAACAGUGCAGCUGUGCUCAGGCUGAUGGGGAGAGGAGGAGGUCCUGUUGGGCCAGGGGCGCCGAGGGGUCGAAGUACCUCACGGGGUCGAGGUGAGGAAAGAGCCCUAUUCUCUCUGUGUCCAUCUCAACAGUCUGAAGAGGCUUCCUCUGCUUGUGUCCUCUUCAUCUGCGCUAAUCAGAAAAACAGACUAGGUCGUGGUAGAGGAGAUGGAGGGUUUUACCAAAGAAGUUUUGAUGACGUAGAGGGAGGCUUUGGACGCGGGGGCAGGGAGAUGCACCGCUCCCAGAGCUGGGAGGAGAGUCAUGCUGAGUCUAUUUUCUCCCCAUCUAGGGGAGACCGAAGGUUUGAAAAGCCAGGUCGAAAAGAGCCAGAAGUUGCUCCUACCCACUUCCUGAUGAAUCAUAUCCGUGCUAACUACGAGGAGGUUGGGACCAGUGUGGGGGGCCUGCCAGUGAGGAAGCAUGACUUCACGCGUUCGGAGAGUGAGAACUGGCGCACGUCCCGGGAUGAAGUGAAUGGUGAGGAUGGUGAAGAGGGGGGUUGGCGCCUGGCUGGCGCCUUGGCAUGUGCCUUGCGACGGGACAGCGACCGGUGGUGCCCCCCGAGUCCAGACGGGCCGCGGUCGGCAGGGUGGCGAGAGGCCAACCCAGGGGAGCAGCCGCGGCAGCGCAGGCUCCCUUUCGAUGCCAGGGAGGACGAGCGCGGCUACAGGCAUCCCCCAUCGGCCAGCGGCAGCCUGGAGGAGGAUGGAGGGGGCAGCCUGCCAGAGUGGUGUCUGGAGGACGCUGAAGAGGAGACGGGCACCUUCGACUCCUCUGGAGCCUUCCUUUCGCUCAAGGUUCGAAAAGCUCCCAAGGAGCCCAUCCUAGAGGAGGCAGAGCUGGACUUCAGACCCCUGGAGGAAUGUGACGAGGGUCUGGAGGAGGAUGGACACCCCCGGGAGACCAAAGACACAGACGGAGAGGCCAGGAGAGAGCCCAUCAGAAAACAGGAUGUGGGGAGAGCGAAAGAGGCGGCGCCCCCUGCUCCCUCUCCUACUGAGCCCCUGCCCCCCAGCCAGCCCGAUAGAGUAGAGGACCCUGAGGGGCCAUUGGAGAAGCCACUUGAGCGACCCCCUGCCCCGGAACACAGGCCAGAGGGCAACAAAGUCCCCCUGCACACCCCCAUGUCCAACACAAUGCUGGACUCUCUCUCCAUCCCCCACACCGUUGCACACACUCUCACAGUGUCGGCCCCGUCGUCCACCAUCCAGAUGCAGCAGAAGCCCCUGGAGGUUCCCGUGGCCAUGCCCGCCCCGCUGCCCUUCAGUGCUAGCCUCAGGCCCCAGAGCACGUCUAUCAUGGCCCCUAACAAUAUGGCCACCAGCACGGGCCUCAUGGCGCCCAUCGGAAGGCCCACGGCCAUGCCACCACACCACACUAUGGAUGAAGAUGAGGGACUGAAGCACUUUGAACAGGAGGCUGAGAAGAUGGUGGCAUAUCUACAGGACGGUGAUGACCGGCUGGCUGCCAAGAGCUCAGCUGCCAAACCAGCCGGCCUGUCACUCACACACGAGGCUGCUCUGAAGUGGUUUUAUAAAGACCCCCAGGGAGAGAUACAGGGUCCGUUCAGUAACCCGGAGAUGACAGAGUGGUUCCAGGCGGGCUACUUCACCAUGACCCUGCUGGUGAAGAGAGGCUGUGACGAGGUCUUCCAGCCCCUGGGUGAGAUCAUCAAGAUGUGGGGCAGGGUGCCCUUUGCCCCCGGCCCAGCACCGCCACCCCUACUGGGUGAUGCCGGGGACCAGGAGCGUCUGAAGCGGCAGCAGGAGCUGACGGCCCUCAACCUGUACCAGCUGCAGCAGCUGCAGUACCAGUACCUUUUGAGGCAGCAGUACGCCCAAGCCCUGGCCCAGCAGAAAGCCCAGGCCCUCAGCUCAGCACCACACCAGCAGCAGCAGCAACAGCAGCAGCAGAUCAACCUGCUCCUCCAGCAAUACCAGGCCCUCAAGAUGAGGUCAGCAGAAAACACAACAUCUGAGUCUCUCUUACCUCCUGUGACUCGGUCCAUGUCCGUACCAGAAUCCCAGGGUUCUGUGUGGGAAAUGCAGAACACCUCUCAGGGCUCCUGCACAUCAAACAUCCAGCAACCCACACCCAGUGCGUGGGAGGGCAGCAGUGUGUGGGAUCUGCCCAUAGACUCCAUGGCCCAGGCCCCCACCAUAGAACAGAUGCAAAAUCUGGAGAAGAAUAAGGCUGCCAAGCUGGAGCUGGAGAGGGGUGAGGCAGAGCUGAGUGCCAAGAGGGAGGAGGAGGAACAGAAACGCCAGGAGGAGGAGGAGCAGCUAGCACGUCAGAAACAGGAGGAGGCAUUGAAGAGGCAGCGGAAGCAGCAGCAGGAGGAGGCACAGCGCCAACAGAAAGAGGAGGAAGAGGAACGGCAUGCGCAGGAGGAGGCCCUCCGCAGACUGGAGGAGAGGAGGAGGGAGGAGGAGGAGGAGAGGAAACAAAGGGAAGAGUUCCUCCGCAAACAGGAGGAGGAGCGCCGAAAGCAGGAGGAGCUGGAGGCCCUGAGGAGGCAUGAGGAAGAGAAGCGGCAAGAGGAGGAGGAGGCUGCGGUGGCUUUGGUACGGCAACAGCAGGAGGAGGCGAAAAGGAGGGAGCAGGAGGCGGCGAGGCAGCAGGAGCUAGCCAGACAGAGGCAGCAGCAGCAGGAGGCGCUCCGCCGACUACAGCAGCAACAGCAGCUAGCCCAGAUGAAGCUGCCGUCUUCCUCUAAGUGGGGCCAGCAGUCAGCAGUCACGGCAGCAGCCAUCUCUCAGUCCCAGAACGCGCUGUCGCUCGCUGAGAUCCAGAAAGUGGAAGAGGAGAGAGAACGACAGGCACGAGAGGAGCAGCGGCGCCAGCAGGCGGAGCACCUGAAGCUCCUGCAGCAGCAGGCCCUGCAGGAGGCCCGGAAUCCCCAGGCCAAGCUCUCUGGCUGGGGAAGUGUGGCCAAGCAGCCGGCCACGACGAAGUCCCUGCUGGAGAUCCAGAGAGAGGAGGCCCAGCAGGUGAAGCAGAGGAAGGAGCAGGGGGCUGGGGGACAACAGCCCAGUCACCCCACAGUCACCCAGCAGAACCGUGCCCAGAACAGAGCUACCACCGCUCUGAGCCCCUCAGUGUGGGGCUCGGUGGCCACCAGCGGCGGGGCUCCUAACUGGGGCGGUGACAGCAGCAUCUGGGGCGACAGCACCAACUCCAACAUGGGCUUCUGGGAGGAGGAGGUGGCCCAGGCCCCACCCCCUGCCAGGAAGCCCAACGCUCAGAAGAACAACAAGGGCAACGCCAACCUCAGCAGUCGGGCCAAUAAGAAGGUGGAGGAGGAGGAGAAGCUGCUGAAGUUGUUCCAGGGGGUUAAUAAGAGACAGCAGGAUGGCUUCAUGCAGUGGUGUGAGAAGACCCUGCACACCCUCAACACUGCCAACAACCUGGACGUCCCGACAUUUGCAUCCUUCUUGAAGGAGGUGGACAGUCCGUACGAGGUGCACGACUACGUGCGCGCCUACCUGGGGGACACGUCCGAGGCCAAGGAGUUUGCCAAACAGUUCCUGGAGCGCCGUGCCAAGCAGAAUGCCAACCAACAGAAAGCGCCACCGGCCCCGCAGAACCAGCAACCAACACUAAAACAGCAACAGCAGGAUUCAAUGUGGGGUGUAAGCGGGACAGGCUCUCCUUCUCUGUACCAGUCAAACCACACCAGCCUCCAGCAGCAGGCACGCUUCGAGACCGUCACCUCAGGGAAGAAGAAGAAAAAGCAGAAGAUGGUCCGGGCAGACCCCAGCCUGCUAGGUUUUUCUGUGAACGCGGCGUCUGAGAGGUUGAAUAUGGGUGAGAUCGAGACGGUGGAGGACUUUUAAAGGGACUGCUCUGCUGCCAACCCCACUGACCAUAUCGUUCUGAACAGCUGCCAUUGUACCCCCUACAACCACCACCUUCACACCCCAAUGUCCCUUUCCUUUUGUGAACAGCAUCCUCUUUCCGUUCUGUUUUGUACUUUAAUUUAACAUUUGUCAUUGGAAGCUGGGGACGCUUUCCAGUGCUAGAGGACCCCUCAAAAAAACAUCCCUAAUGGGUAUUUUGCCCUAUGUGAGGCAGGGAGAAGGCUAACGAAGCAGCCAAACAAUCAAACAGAACCAUAAAAACCAACCAAGCAUUGAAUCGAACAACAAAUCAAUCAAUGUAAAGGCCUAAUCUGACUUCUCCCAAAGAAAAGAGCUUGAGGGGAGGACAUGGAUGUCUCUCCCUGUCUGUGGUCGGCUGUUCAGUCCCCUCCUAGUAUCUUGUCUGAAAGUAUGCAAAAGAGAGACGUUACCUGAUGCAAUCUUCUCCCCAUGAAGUUGAACGCAUUGGGGGGGUAGAGAACUUUUUUUCUGUUUUGUUAUUUUUAUUUAUUGAAUGUUUUUCUCCCCCCUCUUCACUCCUGUUUUCUGCCUGUUUGUGGAGGGUGGUGGUAUUGUAGGAGCCAAGGAUGUGUGCGCCCACUGAUGUCCUGUUUUAAGGAUAUGUUUGACCGUUCCAAGUAGUUAUCCAUUUCUUGUAAAAUACUAGGCUGUUUAAAGAAUAACCUUUCAAUUCUGCAUCUGUAUUAUAAUAUAUGAAAAUGAUGAACUACUGGAGUCAUACUUUUCUAUUGCGGUAUGAAAUAAAACAGUCUCUUGUGUGGGCUGUUCACACCUC